AGAGCGCCUCCCACAUGGAGCGCGUGAUGUUCGCAUUGAAUUCGUCAAAAGGAAGAUAACAUAAUUCUGGUCGGUCCAUCGGACCUUUCGGGUGCUCGCCACACGCCAUGGAUUUGUUUAUCAGCCAUCUCGUCCUACAUCGGCAUCUUGUGAGCUGGCUCAGCGGAAGUAGUCGCCUUCUUGGAAACGGACAUGAGGGUAUGACCUUUGACCUCGAGUUCAUCACCUGCGCCAAGCCUUAGUUUUUACCAGUGAUUGCGGUGGAUGCCACUCGGGCGUGUGGCCGCCACUCUCCGUUCAGCCUCUUCCUGCCACUCUUAUUCAGGUUUCUCUCGAUCGGGAAGAGGAGAGGAUUCAUCGGCAAACGUCAUUCUGAGGUGAAACAAGGAAGCCGAAUUGAAGAUAUCUUGAUCAGUUAUCAUAGUCAGUCAUUACCAAAUGAGUCGUAAUAACAUGCUCAAUUUCCAGCAGUAUGCCUCCCCACAGCUGAGCCGAUUCCCGGUCGAUGAUUUUGCCCGAGAGGAGUGGUGCUUCGAACAGGGGAGGACGUCGAAAAGAGAUCCACGGGGUUCCGCCCGUCGGACGACGACGGUGGACAGCAAACAAGAGAGAGAGCAGCGUGAGAUCGAGAAGAAUCUAGUGAAGGUGCGGAACGAGUGGAUGAAGGUGAAGGAAGAGAUGGGUUACGUGAAGCAGCGCGGAGAACUGCUGUGCGAGACACUAAUGGCGACUGAUAGAAAGGUGGGUGUGCUGCUCGUGGACCUCGAACGCGCUGAGGAGUAUGUGAGAGGCUUGAUGGCACAGAAUGAUCGACUUCUGGAAGGGAAUGCAGUGGCUAAUGCUUUAGAUUAUAGUGUCGGUAAAUAACUGAGAUUAGAUUAGAAUGUUUGACUGUAGUUCUUGUUCAUGUUCCUGCAAUGCUCUAAUCCGAUCAGAAAAUUAAAGGCCUUCAUUGGUUCCUGCACAGUGUCAUUCAUCGGAGGUGAAUUAGGCCCAAUUAAAGCCCUCUACAAUGUCUAAAAAGAGCUAUCCAACAUUACAGUGUCAUGCAACCUGUUCGUGUCCAAGUAGUGAUCGGUCUCGAGUUGUAGCACUACUAUUUCCUUUCCACUCUCAUCGCGCUAAUGUCCUCUUUGAACCAUCACUUUUCGACCAAGGUUCGUGGUGAAGUACAUGAAGGCCGGAAGUAGCAUCAUCAACACCACGUCGGUGAACGCCUACAAGGGUAACGCCAAGCUGCUGGACUACACGUCCACCAAGGGCGCUAUCGUGGCCUUCACCAGGGCGCUGGCGCUGCAACUGGUGGAGCGGGGCAUCCACGUCAACGGCGUGGCGCCGGGCCCGGUGUGGACGCCGCUGAUACCGGCCUCCUUCCCCCAAGAACAGGUGGCCAACUUUGGGAAGCAAGUGCCGAUGGGGAGAGCCGGGCAACCCAUCGAGAUCGCCCCUUCGUUCGUCUUCCUUGCAGCUACUCCAGACUCUUCCUACAUAACAGGGCAAGUCAUCCACCCCAAUGGCGGACCUGUAGUGAAUGGUUGAAGCAGCAAUAUCUGAUACCACAGAAUAAUCUGGUCCAUGUUUUAGCCCUCGUACGACUUAAUGUAAACGUUCAAGUUUGCGGCUGUCUUUUGGUCGUAUGUCAAGAACAUGGAUCGGUCAUAAUAGAUCUCGCGCAGGGCUUGCGGUGUUAACUGGGCCGUGGGUUGUGUCGGACCGGCGGUUCAUAACGCAUCUUCUAUUUUGUGUGGUGGCUAUAUAUAUAUAUAGAGAGAGAGAAAGAGAGAGAGAGAGAGAUGGCAAUAUCUGUUUGUAUUGUUGAACUAUUGAACACAUGGAUGCCCAAAGAACACGUCGCAUAUGGCUAUUUAUUUUGAGGGUCA